UGAUGAAAGGCAUAACUUGUUCAGUCCUGUUCAUGGUGGCCUCAGUCCUAAUCAUGGUGCAGGCAGGGCAGGGCAUGAGUCUGACAUGUGGUCAAGUGGACACAUUACUGGCUCCAUGCAUACCUUAUCUCACACAUGGCGGUGAACCGGGACCGGAAUGUUGCAACGGCGUGAGAAGCACAAAGGCUUUGGCUCAAAACACAGAGGACAAGAGGCAAGUCUGCAUGUGUGUAAAAGAAGCUGCCAACCGCUAUGCAAACCUUGAAGAUGACGCUGUGCAAGCCCUACCGGUCAAGUGUGGCGUUGACGUGGACAUUCCUGUCUCUCGGAAAAUAAAUUGUGAUGUCAUCAACUGAAAUGAUGGGGGAGAAAUGAACAGGAGGCUCUUGGACGUUUUUCAAUCUCUGCCUUAUUUUGCCCGUUUGGAGAAUAAAGAAUUCCAUGGGUUUGAGACCAAGAUGU